AUGACUGCGACUGUUACACCCAAAGAAACUUCCUUGCAGUAUAGCACUUCUACAGCUUUCCCACCUCAAAAUUACGGCGACUGCUGUUCAGUUUUGCUAAAACCUGCUCAGCUUGUUGUGGCAUGUGGUUGCAACGUGAUCGACAGAGAUACCGAUCCGUGUUCGUACGCCCUUCUCUAUAGCUUCCUCGACAGCUGCACUGUCACAACAAAGGGUUACGGCGUAGGUGCAGCACUUUUCACCUAUUGGUAAGU